AUGAGUGGCGGAGCUAAUGCUGGGCAUACUAUAUAUAAUUCCGAGGGAAAGAAGUUCUCCCUGCAUCUUGUUCCAUCGGGGAUCCUCAGUGAGAACACACAGUGUGUGAUUGGUAAUGGAGCAGUAGUUCACCUUCCUGGUUUCUUUAAAGAAAUUGAUGGACUGGAGUCCAACGGAGUUUCCUGCGAAGGAAGGAUUCUGGUAUCGGAUCGUGCCCAUCUUCUGUUUGAUUUUCAUCAAGUUGUUGAUGGGCUUAGAGAGGUGGAGCUUGGAAACUCCUUUAUAGGAACAACAAAGAGGGGAAUCGGACCAUGUUAUUCGAACAAAGUUAUCAGGAAUGGACUCAGGGUUAGUGAUCUGAGACAUAUGGACACCUUUGGUGCUAAGCUCAGUACCCUACUGAAAGACGCAGCUAUGCGCUUCAAAGGGUUUGAAUACAGUAGCAAGACCCUCAAAGAGGAGGUCGAGAAGUACGAAAAGUAUGCUGAACGUCUUGGACCUUAUAUUACCGAUACCGUGCAUUUCAUGAACGAGUCGAUCUUGCAAAAGAAGAAAAUAUUGGUUGAAGGUGGUCAAGCUUCUACCAUGUUAGAUAUUGAUUUUGGCACAUAUCCAUUUGUUACUUCCUCAAGUCCCUCAGCCGGGGGAAUCUGUACUGGCCUUGGUAUUGCUCCAAGAAGCCUUGGCGAUAUCAUUGGAGUGGUAAAAGCUUAUACAACCAGGGUUGGAUCUGGUCCGUUCCCAACAGAGUUGUUGGGCAAGACUGGUGAUUUGCUCCGUGCCUCUGGAAUGGAAUUCGGGACUACAACAGGUCGGCCUAGGCGUUGUGGCUGGCUUGAUAUAGUCGCACUCAAAUACUGCUGCCAAAUCAAUGGUUUCUCAUCUCUAAAUCUCACGAAACUCGACGUGUUAACUGGACUCAAGGAAAUUAAGCUGGGCACCUCGUACUGUACUGAAGAUGGUAAAACACUCGAAUCAUUCCCGGCAGACCUUGAUUUGUUGGAGCAAACUAAGGUCAAGUACGAGGUCCUACCUGGGUGGGAGGAAGACAUAGCCUUGGUACGAGACUACAACGAUCUCCCGGAGACUGCUCGUUUAUAUGUGGAGAGGAUAGAGGAGCUGGUCGGUAUUCCGGUCCAUUACAUUGGUGUUGGACCUGGACGUGAUGCUCUCAUAUACAAAUAGGGUGUUU